AUGCAAACAGCACCGAGACGACAGGAUGUGCGGUUCUUCGAAGGGGCCCACAACGUUUUCAUCGCGGACAGUCCAUUCCGCAUAGAGACGACACCAUCAGCUGGAUUCAAGAACUGGAAGGAGGUCAUCGCUCCAAGUGCCUUCCAUAACUCGGGCGAGCGAUACGAGCCGCCCAGAUGUCAUCCCGGUACCCGCGAAGCAAUUCUCGAGAAGAUCAUGUCCUGGGUACGCGGAGAGAUCGACGUCGAAACCUUUGUCUUUUGGUUGAAUGGGUCAGUUGGCGUCGGGAAGUCAGCCAUCGGGCAAACGAUCGCAGAGAUGUGCGAGGAGUACGGCCUACUCCUCGCAAGCUUCUUCUUCAGCCGCUCGGACCUCACACGAAACAACACGAAAUUCCUUAUCACGACCUUGGCGUACCAGAUCGGAUUGAGUGUCUCGCAUGCUCGCCACCGCAUUGAACAGGCGUUCGAGCAUGACCCUGUUGUCCACACGCGAUCCCUCGAAACGCAAAUGAAGAAGCUCGUCAUCGAGCCCCUCCAACAAGUUCUCAUUUCAGGACGGCAGCUGGCAAGUGGGUCAAAUGGUGUUUCUGCGAUGGCUGUAGAAAAGCACAUACCCCCCAAAGAAAUUGGGUGA